GCAUAGUAUUGAAGAAUGUAUUUAAAAUUUAAAGAAAACUUAUCAGCAACGUUUCUAUUAAGUAUUCCUACUUUAGGUGAAACUGUGAGCAAAAAAGAAGAUAGGAGCUUAAAACAGGAGACGAAAGAAAAGAAAAACACCCUUUCAAAGAAAUCCACGAAAGUUGAAGAACAAAAAUGCGCUAGUCAGCUGAAAAGAACCGGUUCCACUAUUCGUCGAUCCAACUCAGCUGCAGGCAAGAUGGUCGCUCCCAUGAAGGAAGAGAGCAGCGUGGAUACUGCUACUGCUACAGCAAAGCAAACCUCUGAUUCAAACUCAUCAUCAUCAUCAGCUGGAAUUUCAGCAGAAAAAACAUCAAAUUGUAGAUCAGAAAUUAAAAAGACAUCAACAGCAUCAUCAUCAGUUGAUUUAAAGAAAAAAACAUCAACAGUAUCACAGUCUUCAAAAACAGAAGCAGUUUCCAACAAAACUUCUUCAAGCCACGUGACGGAAACCGGUUCCAGCAGCAAAAUAAACAGCUCAGCAGCUUCUUCUCAGAGUACAGAAACUGCCAACAAAAUAAACAACAGCGUCAGCAGCUCAUCUGCUUCUAAUCAGACAACAGAAACCAGUUCGAGCAGCAAAACUAACAGCUCCUCAUUAUCCUCGAAAACUUCAACAAUAUCAAGAGCAGUAACAACAACAGCGACUGUUGCCAAGUCUGCAACAGCGUCUAGAUCUUUCUCGACAGCUAAGACAUCAACAACAGCUGUAGCAACAGCAUCCAGAUCUGCAACAACAGCUGGGGAUAUUUUGGUGGAUGCAAAUGCUGGGUAAGAUAAACUUUUCUAAGAUUUGGAAUACUAUUUAUU